GGUGACAAGGAAAUUGACACAACACUUAGCUUUGUGCCAUGUUAUAAGUACCCAAUACAACUUCGGGAUUGCUGCAAUGGCCUACUUCUUUGUUACCAGAAAAUUAGAAGUGAAGAAAUUUCCAAUGCUAUUGUGUGCAAUCCAGCAACUCAAGAGUGGAUGGCACUUCCAGAUACUGAACCUGGCCCGGCCCGCUCCAAUAAUGCAUUUGAGUUGUGUUUCGAUCCAUUAUGGUCGGAACACUUCUAUGUCUUCAAAUUGCACUCUAUCGAGGUCAUGAGCUGUAUCAACACUGAAGUUAAGGUAUUUUUCUCUAAGGAUUCCACAUGGUCUAGCUGUCUUUGGAAAACUAGAGAUCCAUUUGAAGGUGAUUCUCUCUUUGUAAAUGGGGUGUUGUAUCUGAAGCACUUCAUCUUGAAUAAAAUCCUGGCGCUAGACGCACCUGACACAUGUACACAAGGGCUCAACCAUAGGUUCAUUCAGCUGCCAGGAUAUCCAGAUAGGACGGACAUAUUUUGCUGUUAUAACGGCCGUCUUAGCCAGUCCUCAGGCGUCUUGUGCUAUGCGAAACAAGAAUUGGAUGGCUGUGCGAUACGGAUUUGGAGUUUGGAAGGCCCCGACAGGUGGGUAGUGAAGCAUCGUCUGAGUAUGGUCGAUGUAUAUGGGAGGGACAUGUUACUCCGCACUCACAGUGAUGGAUAUUGGCAUUUCGAUUAUGACAUCAGGACUGUUAACCUGGAGAGGGAGCUGGUUAUCCUUGAUGACGAAAUUGCUGAUAAGAUCAUCUCGGUUAGCAUCAGCACUAGAAAAGGCACACCGUUUCAAAAGAUUCCAAGAAGAUUCACUAAACUAUAUCACAGUCUAUUUUAUGUGCCGUACUAUGGCAAGGUUCCUGCUUUGGCCCGUUAAAGGUCUGAGGCUGAAUUAUGUUAUGGUGUACCUAUUAUGCUAUCAGCUCUGUAGUUAGUAAGCAUCUUUUGUGAAUGUACUAGAUUGUUGGUUAUGUGUUCCAUUCGUGUGAAUGGUAUGUAAUACUUGCCUUAUCGGCCGGUCAACUAGUAUCGAACUUAUGCUCGCUUAAUUUGGAAA